GCGAAGAGAAGGAUCGAUGUGAGCUCGACUGGUCUGAAACAGGCGAUCGUUAUGCUUCAUGCUCCCCACAGGAUGGAGAGCGAGAUAUGUAGUGUAGCUUGAGCCAAGACUAAUCAAGGCCGCCGUGAUCUCUUCUGCAAACACGUUACCUUGCGCACUGUAAGACGUUGUGGUCAUUCCUGCCCGUCUGGCAUGGAGGUUAGAAAGCAAGCAUAAAGGUGUCCACAAGGCUGCGCAAAUUUUUUAAGUCUUGGCGUAAGACAUGCUACAUCAAUCGACCACGUAGCAACCUCGACACAUAUAACAUUUUGACUGCCUACUCUUCUCUUGUCUUCCUUUCAAUCACACUGCCAGCCAUGGCCGACAACCCACCAUCAAACCCUCUCCGGCACAUCAUCGAGAAUGAUGCGGACGGCAAUUCCUUCUUCUCUACCGCCGUUCCACCCUCACUCGGCAUCACGAUGGAGCGCGGCGGCGGGCGCCAAAGACUCGCAUAUCGCACCGAGCAAAACCCUGUCACCUUUAACGACAACGACGAUCUGACACGCUACGAAGCCGCCUUAGCAUCUCCCCAGAUCUCACUGCUCGGCCCCAACGGCGGCACGAGCGUAUGGUACAAUGAUCUACCGCCAGGCGCAAAGGUGGGCAUGCACCGCAACGCCAGCGUCGACCUCAUCUUCGUGCUGAUGGGAGAAAUCGAACUUACUUUAUCGAAUGGUGAGGCGCGCGUGCUGGGGACGGGGGAGAUGGUUGUGCAGCGCGCCACUUUGCAUGCCUGGCGGAACCCGAGCGAGACGCGCUGGACGCGCAUCGCCGCGGUGACUAUGGGAUGUGAGGCGCUUGUUAGUGAGAAGGGGGAAGUGCUUGGUCCUCAGCCUCCCGCUGCGGCUUGAAGGGUGAAGGUGCUGUGGCUUGCGUUGCAGGGAAUUUGGCGCGCGCCUGAAGACUGCGCGCGCGAGCGGCUGCAUGGGAGGAGCAACGGCUGGCAAUCUCGGGGGACGCCAUUGGGAGAUGUGAUUUCAGCUGGUC